AUGGCCGACUCCCUCUCGCUCGUGGCGCAGCUCAGCGCCUACCGCGGCGCCGUGCUGGCCUUCCACGCCACGCUCUCGCCGGCGCAGCGCACCAAGUACACCGCCUGGCUGCUCGGCCACCUCUGCCCGCCCGAGAUGGUCACCUGCGCCAACAGUGCCGAGAUGCACGUGCACUGGGUGCGCCCGGGCCUGCUGCCCUUCGAGCAGAGCCUCAACAAGCAGCAGGUCGCGGCGCGCUACCGCCUCGACGAGCAGUUUGACCGCCUGCUGAUGUGCGUCGGCAACGGCUCGCUGCCCGACGAGAGUCCCGAGGUGCUUCAAGCCUUCCUCGAGCGCAUCCUCACCGCCGAGGGCGGCACCGCCGCCACAACGCCCUCUCCUUCGCGCGCCAGCUAUCCCUCGACGUACGAGCGCGAGAGCAUCGUCGCGACGACCAGCUUCGCCCGCGUGCCCGGCGGACGCGCUGCCGCUAUCGCUCUCGCGGGAGCCGCGGAGCUCGCGGGCCUCGAGCGCCCUUCGGCAUCGGCCAUGCGCCAGGAGUCGCUGAUGGAUGCACUGCUCGGACGCAUCACCGAGCUCGACAUGUCCGACGACGACGAGUACGAGUACGACGAGGAUGACUCUGAGUACGGCGCCAACUUCAUCUACAUGGACAGCAUGCUGGAGCGCGAGCUCUACGGCCCGCAGCGCGCGAUGCCGGCGGCGGCGGCGCCCAAGCCUCCCGGACAGGGCCAGGCCAAGCGCAAGCGCAGGGGCAAGAAGGGCAAGGGCAAGAAGAAGGCUUAG